GUGUUUGCUUUGCCCGCGCUCUAUGUCUUUCGCGUUUUCCUGUUUUCAUGAGUGCUUUCCGAUACUUCUCUGUCGUUGAUACGGAACAUUGGACAUUCGUGAUAUGUCAACUUUUCACGCUAUUAUCAGGCUGUGUAAUGCAGAAAUGCAUACCACCAUGUACAGAAAAUUCCAUGCGCCGUCACCUUUUUGAGUUUGUCAGCGGAUUUUUGAUGAUGUAUCUUGUUUAUGGACCUCUAGUUGUUCAUAUGCUUGCCCAAGCCAUACCGGCAUACUUGAUGAUGGUUUUUCUUCCAUCAUCUGUUGCUCAGUAUGGCAUUUUAGUUUUCUCAAUGGCAUAUUUAUCUUCAGUACAUAUUCACAGUGUAUGUAUAACCCUCGACUUGAUAUCUCUGCGGCUCUGAUGGUGCAAACUCAAAAGCUGUCUUCUUUGGCUUUUAACAUCAAUGAUGGAGUAAAGUUGUCAAAUAAAGGAGUAGCUGACCAAGAAUACCACAAGCUUCAUGCCGUUGAACGUCGACCUCGUCUUCUCCAGCUCGGUGGAUAUUUAUUCUCAUUUCAUAAUGUAAUGAUUGGCCCCUUCAGUUUUUUUGCUGAUUACAUGAGAUUUAUUCAGGGUCAAGAAUCAGAUCAGCUCCUCGAUGAAACUGAUAAAAAGCGAUUCGAGGAUAACAAGGAGGCGAUACGUUCCGCUAAAGCAGAGAAAUGGAAACAGGUGAAACUUCUACUCCUUCAUUCUAUAUUAGUCUUAUGGUCCUUUCAUAGUUUUAAACCCGAGGAAUUUCUGUCUGAAAGUUUUGCAAAAAAGAAUUACUUUCAAAAAUUCAUCUACCUGUCAAUCGCAUGUUUUGGUUUUCGUCAAAAGUUCUAUUUUGCUUGGACUCUUAGUUGUCUAUCAAAUUUAGUCGCAGGUUUUGGAUUUUCUGGAUUUAAUAGUGAAGGCGAACCGGAAUAUCGUCUGGCUACUAAUAUUUACUUUUUGCCUAUUGAGCUUGGUACAAGUACAAAAACAAUCAUAGAUUCUUGGAAUACAGCAACAACACGUUGGUUGCGUGAAUGUAUAUAUGAUCGUGUACCAAAACGUUAUGCUGUUUGGGCAGUUUUCGUUGCAUCAGCCAUGUGGCAUGGUUUCUAUCCAGGUUAUUAUCUAGUUUUUGUGUCUGCAGCUCUAAUCACAGUGACAGGAAGGGCUUGAUCUUCUACCAGGAGAUUCACUUUCUGACCUGGAAUUCGCAGAUGAUAUAAUUCUGUUUCGUGAAGACGCUGACAAAAUUCAAACCUUAAACAACAAUCCAAGCAUGAUUGGGGUGCAUCUCUCUGCAAAUGUAAAAUGCUACUUCGGGAGUGGUUUACUUCAUCGCCUGAAUUAGUGAUAAGGUGUUAAGUAGUUGAACGCUUUACUGAUCUCGGUGGUCUCAUCAGUCGUGAAAGUCUGGUGUCUGACGAAAUCUCAGCACGAAUUCAGUAGACUCAAUUGGUUUUUGCCAACUUGCGUCACUUGGGGUGUAAGCGAGAUAUCUGUCAGUUCGCUCCGUCCUAAUUUUUGAGUGUAAAACAUGACCAUUAAAAAUAGAAGAUAUUCGGAUGUUACUGGUGUUUGGUCAUAAAUGUCUAAGAUUAGUUUGUCGAAAACAUCUCCGGCCGUAUUUUCUUCGUUCAUCCGGAUUACAUUGUUUCUAUAAUGUACUAACUAAUUUAGGCGCUAUGUUAUGCUUAAAUUAUUUGGGCAUACCAUUUCUUCUAUUGACUACUGAUAAAGUUUUGCAUUUUUGGAGACAAAUGCACUUUAUUGGACAUAUUGGACCAUUGGUUUUAAUUAUUGGCAUUCCUUUAUUAUGUGGUAAACCAGGAGAACUAUAGGGAUAUAUACUAAUGAUAAUAUGAUAUGGAUUUAGAAAAAAAAUUUUUUAAAUAAAUGUUCGUCAAAUAUUCACUAAUGUACUUGGUAAUAAUAGAGGAAAAGUAAAGAUCAGCCGAUAUCAUCGGCUGAUGAAUCAUAUUUUCUUUUCUUUUUUUUCAAUGUUAUUAUUAUUAUUAUUCCGUGUUUAUGAAGAACAAAUACAGGUUAUUUGUUUGCCUAUUAUAUGUGUAUUUUUACUUAAAGCAAUUCCGUUUAAGUCUCAACAUAGACGUUACUUUAUUUUUAAUGAUAAUAAUAAUAAUACGAUCUUCCCUACUAUUUAUUAUUAUUAAUAACAAACACAAUAAGACCCUUCAAGCAUAUGAAGACACACAUACACAUACAUAUGCGUUUUGUCAGCCAAUACUCUUCAUAUCAUAUUACAUUUACUCUAUUCUCAUUAGUAUUAUUAAUGGCGUUGUUAUUUUAUUAUCUCCAGCUUUUUACAACUGACCUCAAAAGUAUGUUUUCUUGUUUGGUUUUACUUUUUUUUUUGUUCUUCAUUAUUCAUUGUCCACAAUGUAUGUUUAUUAUUUUGUUACUACUUAUAUCUGUUUAAGUUGUAAAAGAGCGUAUAUAUAUAUGUGUGUGUGUUUAUGUAUAAAUUUAUCUCCUGAUAUUCAUGUACUAUUUUGUUACUCUUUUUUGUGUUAGUGGUUAACACAUUACUAUUUGUUGUUUACAAAACUGGCAUAUGAUAAGAUAAUAAAAUAAGAAGCAGUCUAUGUGUUUCAUAAUCAUUAUUCAUAUUAGAAUCAAUUUUUAAUAAUAAUAUACAACAUUGAUACAAUAUUUCUCAUGUUGAUAUAACUGAUGAAUAGCGUCAUUUGAAACUGUGAUAUACUACUACUUAGAUAAUUAAAAUAAUCCAUUGAAUAAAAAUAAAGAGAAUUCAGC